AUAUAACUUGAUGUUAAAACUUCCACAAUUUUUUUUUCUUCCAAGCUUAGAGGAAGGAACAAAACAAGUGGAGGGAACAUAUUCAUAUCUAUCAUAAAUAUUUUAGACAACUUCCACACCUUAAGACACUCUAGUAAUGGGGGAAAUUCUGUGCUCAUUUUUAAAUAUUUUUGCAAAAUGUCCGUUACUAUACUGUAUGGGCAUGGCAUGUAUGUACAUGUUUAAUUAGUAAUGCAUGGCAGUUAAUUAUCCAUGAGAUCAUUUACAGUAUUUAUCAGAGGAAAGAGAGGAGAUUGCAUUCAAUUUAAUUUUGCAAUAAUAUUGUCACCAAAAUCUGUUUUUUGGUAGCCAGAUAAAAUGCAUAAUAGCAGCUGGUAAAGGUUGCAAAUUGUGAAUUCAUCAAAUGUGAGGGUUUACUGUAGUAUUUACUUCAGUAGUUUCUGUUCAGAUGCUUUUAAAAUUUUAGUAUUUUACUUGUUAAAUUGUUUUGGUAUACAUUUUUUGGUGUGCAUACAGUACAGUUUAUAGUCUUUAUUUUUCUAACAAUACACUUACUUUCCUGUAUGACAGAGAAUGUUGUUUCAAAUGUCUUGGUAAGUGAUUUUCAGCAGUUGGAAAAAAAAGUAAAUUUUUAAAUAUUUUUUAUGGAAUAUUUUGGGCAACAAUCUACUUUUGACUCUGAUUUAUUGCUUUUCACUCUAUUGAAAAAAAAGUAUGUUUUAACAGCUUAAUUUUUGUUAAUAUAAUGAUUAUUUUAAGAAUGUGUGAUCUAUUGCAUUUAUUUCCUUCAGAUAAAUAGAAAAAGGAAUACAACCAAGAACAAGUACUGAUUAAAUGCAAAUAGUUUUGUUGAGAUUCUUCAGCUUCACCAUGUCACUAGCUGAGUCCCAGAGUAACGGUGAAGCAGGUGUGGUUAACCCUCGACCAGAAAAGGCGCACACGAAUGAAGCUCAGAAUGGUACUACUAAUGGUUUUGAAAAUGGAAAUGAGCCUGCUAUGAGGCAUGAUGAGCACCAGUACUUGGACCUGAUCAGACAGAUAAUGAGGACAGGCAACAGGAAGGGAGAUAGGACUGGCACUGGCACUAUUUCCAUAUUUGGUGCCCAGAUGAGAUAUUCACUUCGAGAUGGUAUCUUCCCUCUUCUAACUACCAAGCGCGUGUUCUGGCGAGGGGUAGCUGAAGAGCUGCUAUGGUUUGUAAGAGGUUCCACCAAUGCUAAAGAACUACAGGAGAAGGACAUUCACAUUUGGGAUGGGAAUUCCUCCAAGGAAUUUUUAAACAAGAUGGGAUUCCAUGAUAGAGAGGAAGGGGAUCUUGGUCCAGUAUACGGUUUCCAGUGGCGACACUAUGGGGCUUCCUAUACGGACAUGCACUCUGACUAUACUGGUCAAGGUGUGGAUCAGCUUCAGCAGGUAAUAGAUACCAUCAAAAAUAACCCAGAUGAUCGCCGUAUCAUCAUGUGCGCUUGGAACCCAGUAGAUGUACCCAAGAUGGCCCUUCCUCCAUGUCACUGCUUGUGCCAGUUCUAUGUAGCAAAUGGGGAACUUUCUUGUCAGCUAUAUCAGCGUUCAGCUGAUAUGGGUCUUGGUGUUCCCUUCAAUAUUGCCAGCUAUGCACUUCUCACGUACAUGAUUGCUCAUGUUACUAACCUGAAGCCUGGUGACUUUGUACACACAUUGGGAGAUGCUCAUGUUUACUCUAACCACUGUGAAGCUUUGGAGGAACAACUCAAGAGGGAGCCUCGACCAUUCCCCUCCCUAAAGAUCAAGAGGAAAGUGGAGAACAUAAGUGAUUUCCAGUUUGAGGACUUUGAGCUUGAGGGCUAUAAACCCCAUCCAAAGAUCAAAAUGGAAAUGGCUGUGUGAUACUAUAAUAAAAUUGACUUCCAACAAUUAGGCUCCAAUAACAAACAUGAAUUUGUACAUUCCAGGUAUAGACCUGUUACCUCACGGCCAUUUUUACUGUGAGUUUACUUUAUUAAACUUGUUUACAUGUAAAUUGUUCCAUAGCCAAGGAAUAAAUUACUAGUUAUACCUAAUCUCCCCUUUUUACCCUGUUUCUUGAAUUUUUUGGUAAGGCAAGUUUAUUACUAUAAAGGAUUUUGAAGUUGUUAUAAUAAGGAUAAUAUCAACAAUAAUAACCCUAAUUAUGAUGGUAAUAGCUAGAUAUUUUUUUUCUCCCAAAUAUGUGAGUGGGCAGUGCAUGUACCCACCAUCAAUGAGUUGACUGUAUAGCCUCAGGUAUUCCUAUUCUUUGUACACAUAUGGGGCUGCUGUCAUGUCUCAGUAGUACAAAAUAUACCUGGUAGGUGAUAAUCUUAUAUUGUAACCAAAGAUACAAAGAGGUGUCAGCAUUUAAAAUACCAUGAAAAUUUAUAUUUACCAUGACUAUAUAUAUGUUGAUCCUAAGCUUGACACUAAUGAUCUAUUCAGAAUUUUAGUGUAUAAUUCUUUCUGAUUAUAAUUACUAUUUUGCUAUCAAGGUAUGAUAGAUAAUGUUUUUAUUAUUAUUUUUUUAGAUUAUAAGUUUUUAUACUUUUGAAUUUUAUAAUAAAGUGAUAAUGAUACUUGA